UCCGUGGUGCCGAACGCACCCUAAUAACACAAGAAGGUUUUUGGCUAGGUAGACGGGCAGAGCUUCCAUAGAAUAUGGCGUUGCUACAUGAUUUUCUCGUUUUACAAUUUAGCCCAGAAUAGAUUAUUCCAUGUAUCCACCGAAAAAUUCAGCAAGUUGAUCUUCAGUCUUCACUGCCUGAUUGUGACAGAGAUACAAGAUCGUCGUUAGGUUUCUGAGGAUUCCGCACAAGAUUUUCACCCUACUCACUGUAAAUACUCGCAAUUUGUGCCAUAUACCAGUAGCAGACUACUCUUAUUUGGGUUCGUGUUUUGAGAUUUUGCUCUUGGAGCGUCCUUGCACGUAUAUACAUGUAUAUUUAGGAUGGCGCUCGCAACGACAACACAGUCGAUUCGCUACAUUGCUCCGGCAGCUGCCACCGGAGCUAGCAACCUUGAUGCUCUCUACCGACUACUUGCUGACCUUUCCAUCCGCGGCAAUCCCAAGGAUGGAGCUGCUCCAGCAUUGAGAAGAUAUGUCGAAGAACAAGCUCGUGAUCUCAGUGGUGAAGCGUUUUCACGUUUUAUGGAUCAGUUAUAUGAUCGUAUUACUGGUCUUUUAGACAGCAGUGAUGUUGCUGAAAAUUUGGGUGCUUUGAGGGCCAUUGACGAGCUGAUAGAUGUGGAAAUUGGAGAGAAUGCAGUCAAAGUGGCAAAAAUCGCAAAUUAUAUGCGAACUGCAUUUGAGGCAAAACGUGAAUCUGAAACUUUAGUUAUUGCUAGUAAAGUUUUGGGCCACUUGGCGAGAGCUGGUGGAGCAAUGACAGCUGAUGAAGUGGAAAGACUGGUAAGAAUUGCAUUGGAUUGGCUUCGCGGUGAUAGAGUUGAAUACCGCCGUUUUGCUGCUGUUUUAAUUUUAAAGGAGUUUCCCUAGUAUUGCUUCUCAGUUUGUCGUUGCUGCUGUAACUGGAUAUUUUCACUCGAUAGCUUGUGCAGCUCAUGCUAAGGGAGUGGAUGAUAGUUUACAGGAUAUCCUUCGUCUCCUGACUUUAUGGUUCAACCAUGGAGCUACAACUGAAGUUCAGAUGGCAUUGCAGACAGGGUUUUCCCUUGUUAAUAUAAACACUUGGCUGGUUGUUUUGCCUCAGAUAAUUGCCAGGAUACAUUCCAAUAACCAUGCAGUAAGGGAACUGAUACAAUCCCUAUUAAUCCGAAUUGGUCAGAGUCAUCCACAGGUUUGUUUUGGAAGAUAACCCGUGUAAUCAUAUGUUUACUAGCAGACAAUGGCAUCAAUAGUUAGUUUUGGUCAAACUGACUAUGUUUUGUUUAUUCUCUUGAUAUUUCUUAGGAUAAUUUAUUCAUGCAGCACAAGUUCUAAAUUUGGUGCAAUUUUGUUCAGUCGCAUCUAGGAAGUUGAUAAGCUUUUCAGCUAUGCUGCAUUGUGAAUAAUUGGUGAUAAUAAUUUUGAAAUUUUUAAAGAUUGUUAUUUUUCGAAUGGUAGUUUUCCAUUAGGAAAGGUAAAAAUGGGUAGUUUAUUUCUAACACUGAGUAUUAAAAAAACACUCAGAAAACAGUGAAGUGCUCGGUCAAACUUAAAGUCUGCCUAUUUUUCAUUAUCUGACAUCUGAAAAAAAAUGCAACUUUUCCUGUGGUGAGCAUGUUACACAAUUACGGACAAUAGUUCUAAGGACAUAAUUUAUGAAAUUGGUGUUUAAAGGUUAAAGUGGAGAGACUAAAAUAUGAGAUAAAAUAAAUAUGAGAGAGAAUGAGAGAUUAAGAAGAAAAGAGAAUAAAGUUUUUUGCCAAAAAAGGUAAUGACUCAACUAACUUGGGACAGCUCGAAACGGAAUACGAAUCAACUACCUUGGGAUGGAUGGAUUACUUUUUAAGGAUCACUUCCACCAUGGAGGCUCAACAAUUUACUAGCAAACCAAGAAUCUAGGAAUUAUCUGAACACCCUCUUCCCAUAUCUCUAGAACUAUCUAAACUUAUGUUUUCUUGUGAUGAGGCUAGAGUCAGAAGUAGUAUUGAAUCUAAUGCUAAUGAGGUAGGAAGUCUGACCUCUUAAAAAAAAAAUCAGAACUAGGAAUUAGAUAACCAAGCUGAUACUGCAAGACAACAUUUGAUAUUCAAUAUUAGGAUCUUAGUGAACGAAUUUGAAGUACUCCCUCCGUCCCAAGGAAGAUGACCCCUUCCUUGGGCGGCACGGAAUUUUAUGCACUUUUAUUUUGUG